GGGAGGGGGAGAGAGAGAGAUGAGCAACCAUCAAAGGUUCAGACUGUCCCAUCUCAUGCCAAACUCUUGGUUCUACAGGCUGAGGGACAUGAAGAGACCCAGGACACCAAGCCAAAGAAACACUGGAACCACAAGAGCCGCCAAGAGACCAUCAAGCCACUAUUACAACGGAACCACCACUCCCAAGCCCCUUCCAUUAUCACCACGUCGAUUCUACCCCAACCUAAACACAAAGCAAAUGUCACUUGAGAAGAAGCUACGCUCCUCUCAUCUCCAGCUCAAUACAAAAGCAUCAGACAUCCAAUUCCCCAGAGAUCACCAUCGUCACCACCACCAUCACAUGCCAACGUCGAGAGCAAGCACUAUCAUCAUCGAAGCCGACCACGAAUUCCAGGACUUGCAACUACGUCCGAUUCGCACCAGGCCAGCGCCAACCGGAUCAACAAGUGCUCAUAGCGCGAUCACAAGCGGUACGUGCCCGAGCUCACCGAGGCUGAGGAGCAGAAGUUUGCAUGUUCCCAGUGGUGAUAGGUUCAGUACUACAAGUUCUAGUCGCAGGAGAAGCGUCGCGAGGAGGAGCUUCGCCGUCGUGAAGGCGUCGACGGACCCGCCCAAGGACUUCAGAGACAGCAUGGUGGAGAUGAUCGUCGAGAACGACGUGCACGCGCCGGAGGAUCUGCAGGAACUCAUGGAGUGCUACUUGUCACUCAACUCGAGGGAGUACCAUGGAGUUAUCAUGGAGGUGUUCAGGGGGAUUUGGCUUGAGAUGUCUGGUAACAUUGUUGAGGAUUGAGGUUAUGUGAGGACCGGUACUGUCGAAGAGGAA